GACUGCCUGCAGGCGCUGCGUGAGAACACACUGGUGACGCUGGCCAACAUUUCUGGCCAGCUGGACCUGUCCCCUCUCCCAGAAAGCCUCUGCUUGCCCAUCCUGGAUGGACUCCUCCACUGGGCAGUAUGUCCAUCAGCAGAGGCCCAGGACCCUUUUCCAGCGCUGGGGUCGAAUGCCGUCCUCUCCCCUCAGAGCCUGGUUUUGGAAACGCUCAGCAAACUCAGCACCCGGGACGCCAACGUGGAUUUGAUUCUCGCGGCUCCCCCCAUCAGCCGCUUGGAGACGCUGUACAGCACCCUGCUGCGUUUCCUCCGCGACAGAAAGAGCGCGGUGUGCCGAGAGAUGGCCGUGGUCCUGCUGGCCAGCUUGGCACAGGGACACAGCCUGGCAGCGAGAGCAAUUGCUUUGCAGGAGAGGAGCAUUGGCGACUUGCUGGGCUUCUUGGAGGACAGC